CCACAAUUCACAAGCCACCCACGCCCCCCGUGCCCGUGCGCGCGGCCUAUAUAUCGCCCCGUCCGUCCCCGAUGGGCGCGCCCGCGCCGAGGCCGCCGCCGCCGCGCGCAACCGCCCGCGCCCUGCUCGCCGUCUCCGUCGCCGUCGCCGCGUGGCUCGGCGCCUCCGCGGGCUCGGACAGCGGCGCCGGCGUGCUGCGGCGGGCGCAGCGCGGGGAGUUCGCGUCGUGGAUGGCCGGCGUGCGGCGGGCCAUCCACGAGCGGCCCGAGCUGGCGUUCCAGGAGCACGAGACGAGCGCGCUGGUCCGGAGGGAGCUCGACGCGAUGGGCGUCGCGUACAGGUACCCGGUCGCCGGGACGGGCGUCGUCGCGGCCGUCGGCACCGGGGCGCCGCCGUUCGUCGCGCUGCGCGCCGACAUGGACGCGCUCCCGCUGCAGGAGGAAGUGGAGUGGGAGCACAAGAGCAAGGAGGCCCGGAAGAUGCACGCCUGCGGCCACGACGCGCACACCGCAAUGCUGCUCGGUGCCGCCAGGAUCCUCCAUGAGCGCCGCAACGACCUGCAGGGCACAGUAGUCCUCCUUUUCCAGCCGGGUGAGGAGGUCGGUAUUGGCGCAAAGAGGAUGGUGGAGGCAGGCGCCGUGGAGAACGUGGAGGCCAUAUUCGGGUUCCACGUCACCGUGCUGCUCCCCACCGGCGUGGUGGGCUCCAGGACCGGCCCGCUGCUUGCCGGGUGCGGGUUCUUCGAGGCGGUGAUCACCGGGGUCGGCGGCCACGCCGCCUCCCCACACAACACCGUAGACCCCGUCCUGGCAGCCUCCAGCGUCGUGCUCAGCCUGCAGAGCCUCGUGUCGCGCGAGGCGGACCCGCUGGACUCGCAGGUGGUGACGGUGACGAGGUUCCUGGGCGGCGGCGCGUUCAACGUGGUCCCGGGCUCCGUGACGAUCGGCGGCACGUUCCGGUGCUUCUCGGCCGAGGGCUUCCUGCGGCUGAAGCGGCGGAUCGAGGAGGUGGUCGUGGCGCAGUCCGCGGUGCACCGGUGCGCGGCGUCCGUGGACUUCAGCGCCGGUGGGAGCCCGCUGCUGCCCCCGACCGUGAACGCCGCGCCGCUGCACGCGCACUUCGAGGCCGUCGCCGCCGACACGGUCGGCGUGGGCGCCGUCCGUGGCGCCAUGGAGCCCUGCAUGGGCAGCGAGGACUUCGCGUCCUUCUCGGCGGCCGUCCCCGCCUCGCACUUCUACUUCGUCGGCAUAGGGAACGAGGCGAUCGGGGCCGUGCACGCCGCGCACUCGCCGCACUUCCUCGUCGACGAUGGUGCGCUCCCGUACGGCGCCGCGAUGCACGCCAACCUCGCCAUCGAGUACUUGCGGAACCACGCGAUAGCCAAUAGGUCCGUUGGUCCCCACGACGAGCUUUAGUUAGAUCUACUGCAGCCAGCCUUUCGCGAGCAGCCACAGCGGUGGCGGCGGCGCCGGCGCCGGCUUCACGCUCAUAGCUCGUGCCCAGCGAAGCUCAAGACGAGCUCAUGCUUGCGAUCGUCAAGCAAUCACGUCGUGAUCCGAUCAUUUUGUGGCUCAGGGAGGGCGUUGUAGGAAUGCAGUGCGACUGAUGUUGUUGUUCAAUGCGCGGGGCGUAAUUAAGCUGGUUGAGAGAUAAGAAUGAGAUGUUGCCUUUACAAUACAGGCGCUCCUGUCCGAGCUCUGUUCCACAAUUAGUUUGGGAAAUGAAAGAUGAGACCGUGGACUCCAAUGUUUC